CAGUUCGAGGAGUUUAGUACUUGUGUUGUAGUAACCGUGCGCGGAAACCGGGCCAGACCAGCCAGACGAGAUGAAGUUUGCCAGUGUGAAGAAGGUGUGCUGUGUUCUGUUCGUUCUGGCGAUUGUCAGGGUGCACGGUGCUGCCCAGCGGGAAGGUACCGAGCAUCAGAAGCGUGCGAUCGGGCACGGGUAUGGAUUGGGGCUGGGGCUGGAAGCUCUGGCUGCACCGGCCGCCCUAACAGCACCGGCUGCCAUCGGCGCGCCGCUCGGUGCGUCCAUUGGUCCUAUUCUAGGACCAUCGAUUGCGGGCCCGAUCGGACCGACGCUUGCCGGACCGAUCGGAAUUCCGGCGGGAUCGAUCGGACUACCGGCCGGGCCAAUUGGACUUCCGGCGGGACCGAUCGGACUGCCUGCAGGGCCGUUCAUUGGGGGAGCGUUUGCACCGGCAGCUCUUCCAGCACUUCCCGCUCCCGGGCCAGUGUUUGCACCCGCUCCACCGACCGUAGCCGUUGCACCGACGGUAACACGCAACAUACUGACCACGGUGCAGCAGCCCGUCCCCGUACCCUACCCGCAGCCCGUGCCGGUCGAUCGUCCCGUACCGUACCCGGUGCACGUGUCCGUUCCAGUCGAUCGUCCCGUCCCGGUUCCGCACCCGGUAGCCGUCCCUGUUCACGUACCCCGACCCUACCCGGUUCCAGUUCCGCAGCCGUAUCCGGUCACCGUCACCAAAACCGUACCUGUACCGGUGCCCGCUCCGUACCCGGUGCAUCAUGCCGUCCCGGUACCACAGCCCGUCCCGGUUCCGCAGCCCAUCCCCGUACCGCAACCCGUCGCUGUGCCGCAUCCGGUCGCCGUGCCGCAUCCGGUGGUUGUACCGGCGCCCGUCCCCACGCUGCCCAUUGCUCCGCUGCCCUCGUACGGGUACGGUGGGUUCCUGCCGCCCUACUACGGCAAGGUGUACGGCGGUGGCAUCACGCUGCAGAAGGUGUACACCGGCCACCAUCACGGGCUCGGGCUGCUCGGGCUGAAGAAGUAUCUCGGCUAGAUGGAAGGGGAGUUUUGGACGGGGAGGAUUAUUGUAGUCAUUCCAGGUGUCAUACCGCGCCGAGAACGUUCGCCGUGGGUUUAGACUGUCCGUAACGAGUAUGCGUUAUUGAGCUUAAAGUAGGACACGGCGAAAGGAGGAACGCAUUCCGCGGGAGGAAAGAAUUUCGUUUUUUACCUGUGUAAUUUUACCAAAUAAAAGUUGUUUGCAAGGUGUGUCGG